AUGGCUGGCCUACCGUUUCCCUCCAACUCGCCUCCUGAGUGGAUCUUGCAUGAUCAGGAGAAAGUUCGCGAAUGGCAAAUGGGUUACAACAAAGAAUUGGCAGCUCGACAAAAGAGGGAAGAGGAGGAGCGCGCGAGAGCAGAAGCAGAGGCAAAUGCUCUGCUAUCAGCGGUGUCUAGUGCUUCAUCUGGCCAAGCUCCAGCUAACCCUCAGGACUGGACUGCUUUUUACGCUCAGCAACAGCAAUACGCCCCCUAUAUGGCUUUGUUGCAGCAGGUGAAUGGAGGUCAGCAGCCAGCUCAGCCGCAAACAAGCGCUGCACCCUCCCAGCAGCAGCCACAAAUCCCCGAGAACCAGCUUCAGUCUAUUUUGGCUGCCAUCAACCAGCCAUCACAGGGCACGACACAACAAGCAGCAGCAUCAAGUGCAGCUCCUUAUUUCAACCCCAAUGACCCAUCAUCAUACCAGCAGUAUGUAAUGUUGAGCCAGAUGGCGCAGGGUCAACAGAUCUCGCCUCCGCCUCCACCUGCCGCCGAGCGCGAUUGGGAGCGAGAGAGAGACCAUGGCCGAGAUCGUGACCAAGAUAGAGGAUGGGACCGCGAUCGUACGUUUGACCGUGACGAUCAUCACGCAGGCAGAGGCGACCGCGAUGGCAAAGACGGACGGAAAAAGAGAGGUACCCUCCCACCACACAAGCCUGCCAACAAGGCACUUAUCGGCACUAAGCCAUGCACCUUCUGGCAGCAGGGCAAGUGUGCUAGAGGUGACAAGUGUACAUUUCGACAUGACUAA